AUGAUAAAUCAGUGCAGUAAGAAAUCUUUCUUCUCUUACUUUUAAAUGAAAUGGGAACCUUUAACUCAUAGAUCCUUUGAUCUUUAAGAUGUAUUCCAAAUUAGUAUGAAUUCAAAAGGAAAAUACCAAAAAGCACAUCUUAAAUUAUCUAAAUAAUUUCUAUGUUUAAAUGAUGUAAAAUAUACAGAUUAUAAAAAACUAGAAAGAACAACUGGAUGUUUCAAACUACAUGAUUACAAAAAUAGACAAUAAAAUUUUGGGAUAAGGUAUCAGGAUAUAAUCUUUUGAAUUUUCAAUAGAGUUUUAUGGUUCAAUAGAGAAGUGGUUUGAACAAUUGAGUCUCUAUUGUAUUUAAACUAAUUUUACACAAAAAUACUAAGUUCAAAAAUUAGUAGGAGCUGGAACUUAUGGCAAAGUAUGUUUGACUGAAUAUUUUGUAGGUCUAUCGUGUAAAAAAUAAAGUUAAUCAAAAUAUAUAUGCUGUAAAGACUUUUGAAAAACAACUAUUAAAUACUCUUGAUGAUUAAGAAGGCUUGAUUAAAGAAAUUGGAAUUUUGAGAACCUUAGAUCAUAGAGGUGUCAUAAAACUUCAUGAAGUUUAUGAAAGUGAAUAAUUCGUUUUUUUGGUUUUUGAAUUCCUAUAGAAUAAAAAUCUAAAUGACACAUUAGAAAGAGGAGUUACUAUCCCAGAGUCUCAAGCUUUUAAUAUCAUAAAUGAUCUACUUGAGACAGUAUAAUAUAUUCAUGAGUAAGGUAUUUUACAUAGAGAUUUAAAACCUGAUAAUAUAUUAUUGAAAAAUGAAACAUAAAAAUAUGUUAUUAUAGAUUUUGGAUUAGCAGAUAUUUAUAGAGAAGAUGGUCAAUACUUAUUUAAAAAAUGUGGAACUCCAGGAUAUUGUGCACCAGAAAUCUUAUGCAAUUAAAUUUAUGAUUAGAAGGUAGAUGUCUUUAGUCUUGGAGUAAUCCUGUAUUAAAUGUUGACAGGAUUAAAUCCCUUCUAUUCAAAAAAUUAUGAUGAUAGAUAUAAACUUAAUAAAGAGUCUAAACUUGAUUACAGCAAAGUAAAAGUAUCAUAUGAUGCUCUUGAUCUUCUUUAAGGGAUGUUGAAUCGAAAUCCAUAGAAGCGAUUGAGUGCAAAGGAAGCAUUAAAUCAUCGUUAUUUCUAAUAACAAAAGAAACAUCAUCAUGUUCCUUCACUUUCACAUCUCUCAGAUACUCUUUUAAAUACUGGAAGUUAGAUUUCAUCACCUCGACUUGAUGGCAAUUUCAAUUUUUUUGAAAUCGGUGAAUCCUCUAGUCGUUAUACAAGUCCUUUACUUUCUCCAAAAUUAAGUCCAAGAUUUGAUGAAUUAGAUAAAGAAAUUUUGAAUCAUUAAAACACUUACAGUUGUCAUAUAUCUAAUUUAAAAUUGGGAGGAUAAAAAAUAAAUUAUGAUGAAACUUUAGAGAAACUGAUUUAGAAGUAUUAAAAGACUUGA